GUUUUGAGACGCAAAUAACCACUUGCUUCGAUGCCUGAUAUCAUAGAACUACGACCAGACAAGGGUCUUUUGUACCCCAACUUCGAAAAAUAUCAAUUUCUUGACGAGCCAAUACUUAUUCUAGAAAAAGAUCUGGAGACAGAGGUGCUGCGAGUGGAACCCAGUAGUUCUCAAGAUUCCUGGCUUGAAGCAAGGUCUUUCGCUUACCAUAAUCAUUUGUAUAAAAAUCCGUUUAACGGCAAGUGUUAUUUCGUCAACAAAGAUAAUGAAUUAUGGAAAUUGGAUACAAAUGGUUUUUUAGAGUUGGUACAUACCCUGACCAAAUUCUCAAUUGAAUCUGGUGCCCCGGUGUAUAAUCCAUCACUGAGUUUUGCUUCAGAAGACAUCAUAGUUGGCUGCAAUGGGUGUAAAAAUUUGGAAAUAAUUAUUAAAAAUGACUCACAACCCUUGUUAACAUACGUGUUUGAAGAUAUAGAUGCUGGUAUAAUAUUAGAUUCAGUCUACGUUGAAGAUAAAUCAAUAAUCAACGUUGUAAUGUGCUUUAUAACUGAAAUUGACAGCAAAAAACAUUCUGAAGUUGUUUUGUAUACAUAUUCUUCACCAGCUAUUGAUACAGUGGGUUCAGAACCUUCAUCGCUGGGUGUUAAAUUUAUUGGAAAGAGGAUCUUGAGGGUGAAGGGAGCUGUUGAUUAUGCUAAUUUAGAAUCAAACGGAAAUUAUUUACACUUAAUGAGUCAAGACUCUGCUACCUUUGUUUACGAUUCUUUAAGACCAGUGAAUAAGGAAAUUCCAGCUAAAGGCAAUCAAGAGAUUAAUAUCCCAAAAUACUGCUGGUCUCAGGAUGAAGAUUCGCUUACCAUUUGGUUGAAAGUUUUCGAUGGCAUUGAUAAGAGUCAAAUUAAAGUUGACGUCAAGCCUAAUAAUAUUGUCAUAAAAUAUGAAGAUCAGAUAUUGAUGGCUGGGGAAAGUGGGCAUAGAUUGGAUCCAGAUUUAACAACUUGGUCACAUGAGAAAGAUUCGCUAAAAAUAGAUUUAUUCAAAAAUGAGACUGGGUUAAUGUGGAAUGAGCUGAUUAAAGAGGACACUGGCGGUGAAUGCUUACCAAAUGAGGCUCUAGCAGCCGAAGUUCACAGCAGAUUAGCCUAUUUAUGCACUGAAGAGCCAGGAACCGGAGGUGGGCAUCCAAUGUUGGGAUUCAACUCAGAGCAGCUAGAAGAAUGUGAUAUUCAAGAAAGAGAAAAUCAAUUCCAAAGAAUUAAUAUAGACUCUCACAAGACUACUCAUUUAGUAAUUUUAGGUGCAAAUAACUGCGUUUUGUUCACACAAAGAGUCAAACACGGCCAGCUCUUGUGUUUGAGACAUGAUCAUGACGGCUGCGUUUGGGUUGCUGGUGAAAGUAAUGACGAACAUUGGAGAUUGAAGCAUAUUUCUACAUUUCCUGGAUUUGGAUACGUAGAGGCAAGCAAGACUAACAAAAAGUUUUGCGUCUCUCCCCCUAAUGGGUCGUACGUAGCUAUAGUAGAGCAUGCAAGACAUGUUUUUCUGUAUGAAAAACCAGUUGGAAACUCAAAAAUAGGACAUCAACGCAUUGUAGAUUUGGGGUGUGAAGUGCAAGCCAAUCCUGUUUUGGGUGCUGCAGCUUCAAAUCGUUAUCUGUAUUUAUUGACCAAGAAUAAAUUGUACCAAUUGCAGAUGAAUCCUUAGAUGUAUUUAGCUUACAUUUUAACUCAAUGGCAGUGAAAGCACCAGUUUUUGUAAAAAAUAUACCAAACGUUGAAAUGUGAAUAACGUAUUCAUGUUGUAUGUUUUUUUACAUUUUAUGGCAAAGAAACAGGAUAUACAAAGAAUAUUCUUGUUUGACAAGUAAUCUCUGGAUGAUGUCAAAUUUGAAUGUGUCAAGAACAAUGAAAGAAAGUCAUGUAAUAUUAAAUAAUAAUUACAAAUUUAUUUUGCAAUAUAAUUGAUUGAGAAAAAUAAAUAUCUUUUUUACUGUAUGUCAAAAUAACUGAAAGGUAGAAUAACAACAGCAAAUCCUUACAAUUAAAAGCAGAAUAGUUAUUUGAAUAUCUCUGCCCUUGAAACCGAGAAUGAUUUGUAAAUAGUUGCUACUAUGCACCACAUAUUAAGGAGUCUCAUUCAUUUCAAAGUUUUCAUCAAUUUAAACUAAUAAAUUUCAACAACAUCAUCAAUUUUGACUGUUUUCAAAAUAUAGUAGCCAAUCUUACUAGAUACAAGUUACAUUCAUUUGAUCCUUUUCAUCAAUCA